CCACUUCCACUUACUAGUCAUUUCAGUCUCAAUCUAUUAAACAAUUAUUUUUAGUUUGGUGCUCAAUGUAAUUUUGAAUUGACGCGAACGGUAAAAUUUAGUUUUUGUAAUGAUAAUGGAUUUAUUUUAAACUUAAACAUGACAAUUUACACUAGAAUCACUCCGACAGCCUAACCCUACUUUUGCUAAUUUUUUCACAACUUUUUCCAGGGGAUGGGCAGCAUUGCAUUUAACAUUAGACCUUUACACCAAUGAGAUCUUCGGUAAGCGUCAUCCUGUCAAGUCCAACCCCGGAUAACAACAUGUCACACCCCGACUAUGAGCAGAAUGCUCAUGAUCAUGCAACUCUGCUGAUUCUUGUCAAACAAAUAGGUGAGGAAACACAACAAAAAUCUUACAACAAGAUAUUUGAUAGAAUCUCUAAGAUAACAAGCUUAAAUAUAAUGGAUAGCAAUGGUGUGGAACGGACCGUCAAAUCCAGAUAUGUCAAGGACUAUUUAGUUGGUAACAAUGACUGGGGCGAUUUCCAAACUCAUCGUCGGCUGUAUGGGCUGAUAACUGUUGGCAAAUGCAGCACACAACUGGAACUUAACGAGGUUUGCCGAGUUCAUGAGAGCCUGAAAGUGAAGUACACAAACACAUUGUAUGAUUCAAGAUGCAUAGUCAUUGGUGUCAAUGACGGACCAGAAACACCGUCUUUUCCCACACCGUCCAAUUUCAAAAGUCGUGCCAUAUUCUACGCCACAGACGGUGAACUUGAAUCUCUUGAAUCACAUGUCACUGAGUUUUUGUCUACUCUAUUUUGGGUGCUUGAGUCCAAAAGACACGAGAGAUGCAGAGAAAAGAUUGAUAAAGUGUCGCUGCUGCUAGCUCCGUUUGAGCGACGUGACUUUGUAGGUCUAGACAUGGAGUCGCGCAGUAAUCGCAAGCGCAGCGUCGGUCGCAUGACCAAACAUCUCGGAGAUCUCAGUCUUCAGGCCGGGCUGGCGAACGACGCUCUUGGACAUUAUCAGACCGCUGCUGACAUUCUGCGCAGCAUCAACGAUUGGCUCUGGCUAGCUGGUGCUUUAGAAGGUCUGUGUGCGACGUCAGCUAUUAUCCAUUAUCCUAACAUGGGGCGAUCAUCACCAGUGAAGAAAAACUCCUCUCUCCCUGAAACACAGACUCGGCCAACACAAGACAGCAAAGUGGCUAAAGAAGUUGUUGAAUCCAUCACAUCAGAGCACAAGAACAUUACAAACUUACUGAGUCCUGACGACAUCAUCAGGUUCUUCCGAGAAGCUAUAGUCCACUACAGCAAGUACCAGAAUGCCAAUGUUAUAGAGACAGAAGCAUGCUACAAAGCGGCUAGGCUAGCCAUACAACACAAGGCUUAUCUCCAGGCAGCAAACUUCUUGCACAGUGUUAUCAGCAUUAAUCUUACCCUUAAUGAGGAAGAAAAGAUUGAACGCUUGAUGAGCCUCUCACAACUGUUCACUAAGAUAGGGUUUCUGCGUAAGGCUUCAUUCUACCGCAGACUUGCAGCCACACGUUACGUGUCGGCCCGUAACCCACAGACCAACUGGCAGCAGUGCUACAACCUCAUGCUACAAGCACUAGCAGGCCACAAGUUGUCCCUGGACCCUGCUGACCAUUCCCUAGACAAGCUCUCAGGCUGGCCAGGGUUGCAGAAGCAGGUUCUACAAGACCUGGUGAUUGCUGCUACUCGCGUUGGCCAGUCAGCUGUAGCUACUAGACACAUGACAUUCCUACUCCAGGUGAUGUGGAGUCAGCUGACUGGUGGAGAGCGUCAUGACUUGGCGUUACAGCUACAGUCAUUGGCUGCCCAGUGUGAGGGCUCACCUGUACCUCUAGUGUUGGACAGUGGACUAGUCAUACCUCCAGUCAACCUCAUCAAUGUGCCUACUGCUGAGAGUUUUAUAGUCCAGAACUUAAAACCUCACUUGCGCCCUUCCAAACUAGAAAAGACGAAAGAAAACUUUGGUCCAUUCCUCUUCACUCCUAUAAAUUUUGGAUCAUUGGAAAGGAAAUCAAGCAAACCUAAUAAUAAAGUUGAUUACUUGUGGGUUGCUGAUGAUCUGUGUGAAGUCAAACUUGAGCUGAGCAACCCAUUCCCUUUUGAACUGGAAGUUUCCAACAUGAGAUUGCUGACCUCUGGGGUGGUGUUUGAGAGCCUUCCCCUCACCCUGGUUCUGCCCCCAGAGGCAACCAAUGUGGGCGUCACUCUUGCUGGGACUGCCAAAGAGGUUGGACUAUUGGAGAUUACAGGGUAUUCAACUCACACUCUUGGUGUAAAAAGCAAUUGUCGACUAAAGAAUAUACCUAUAAUUGCUCGGCCCAUGUUUACUGUUGAAGUGAUUCCUGCUUUACCUCUUCUAGAGAUCACAUCGUCAUUGCCUAAUAAAACUGCAAAUGGAGUCUCUGUUUCCCUGUAUGCCGGAGAAAGCAUGGAAACAACGUUAGAACUGGUUAAUAAAGGCCAGUUGCCAAUACAGUGGCUUGAGGUGUCAUUAGAGUGCCUUCACGAAUGUGAAAAGGUGAUAACGUGGGACAGUGAGUCUCUACAAGCAUCCCUCCCUAUCCAGCCUGGAGCCUCCAGCAGCCUCCAGCUCCAGCUCCAGGGAGCAGCCAGCUUCCUGGCCUCCCACAGCCAAGAUGCAGGGAGUGCUGGAAGCAUUUUCUCAGCCCCAAGCUCAUAUCUUUCCUCUUCAAGCAACAAGCAAAGCACCGAGCGUCUUGUCACCAAGUCCACCGCUUCAUCAUUCAAAUCUGGAGGAAGCAGUCUGAACUCAUUUUCAUCCCAAUUCAGCAAGCUGUGUGUAGAAAAUUCACCCAAGGCCCUGCAAUGCCAUCUGAAGGUGAGGUACUCCAGUGACCCGGGUUUGAGUGCUGGCUAUUGCAGAGUCGCUAUGUUCGUCUUCACACUGGAAAUAAACCAUUCUGUAUUCAUCACCAACUGGGAUGUCAUGCCAGCUGAGACGAGUAACCAGUUCUACCUGGUCUUGGAUAUUGCCAAUAUGACCAACCAAGAGUUAGAACUCAAGUAUGGGAUGAAUAAGAGCCUGCUGAUGGAAGAGAAGGAGUCUUGUCGUAUCCCAAUACCCGUCGAGCGCUGCCCACUCACCAAGAUUGGCAAGUUGUUCCGGCCGGGAGAGAGUGUGCAUGACCUGAUGGAGUUGAACAUGACCUGUAGCAGCCACAUCUCCGCCCUGGUAGACCUGAGGUGGUGUCUAGUGUCUGGGGAACACUGCGGCACGGCUUCACUACACGGUAUCUCGCUGUCUUUGGGCAUGCUGGACAUCGUGCGCAUGUCUCCCAUCAACUGGGAGGUGAUGAUCAACAGCAGCAAGGUGGAGCCUCAGCAAGAGUUGACCAGUCAGGUAGGCCAGAGUCUGCUGUUGGCCGUCAACCUGAUCAACUCCCUAUCAUGGCCACUGCGGGAGCUAGAGCUGGACGUUCAGUUCUUCCAGGACCACCAGAACGGCGCCACCAACUACCAGCUGGACACAAGGAUAGCUUGCUCCGGCGCCACCUGUGUCCAACUGGACGAGGUAGCAGAGUUAGGCCAGGCAUACCACGAAUGUAUAGUGGUUUUCCUCACUCCAGGCCAGUACAAGGUCAACAUCCAGUGCACUUCCAAGGAAAAGCAUAUAUGGAAACUAAUACCUCCACUAGUCAUACAAGUCACAAGGGUAUAAUAUUUGGUUUGUUUUUUUGUAUGUAUAAAUAUUUGUAUAGCGUUAACAUUAUUUAUAAAAAUAUACUCUCAUAACGUUUCUGAAGCUA